ACUUUACCAAAGCUCUUCACCUUCUUUCAAAGCAAAAAAAAAAAAAUAUGGUGACCCUCUAUAAUCAAGUUCCUUCUGUAUCUGCAAUUUUCUCUCUCUACACAUCUUUCUCCGCCAUCACGAUGCUCUUUCGUACAAUCCUCAACGAGAUUGUUCCCAAGCGAAUCCGAGAAUACGUCGCUCUGAAAGCUAUGGACUUCUUCUCAUCUUACUUUCAGUCGAAUUUCACGUUCGUGAUCGAGCAACGGUGGGAGUUUGUCGAGAAUCAGACUUUCCGUGCGGCUGAAGUUUACUUACCGACACGUCUCGCCGGACUCUCCACCGGCAAACUCCUCGUGGGUUCGAGCAAUCUCAAGAAUCCAGCGGCUGAGCCAAAACUUGGAAUCCCUGUGAAUACUAAAAUCAUAGAUGAGUUUGAAGGGAUUCAUCUUGAGUGGACUCUUCACUCUGUUGAGACUAAGAAGUAUCUCCCAGAGAAACGGUACUUUCACUUGACAUGUAAGAAGGAGUUUCGUGAGAAGAUAAUGACAGAUUACUUCACGUACUUGGCGAAAUCAGCAGAGAAGAUAACGAGCCAUAGAGAGAAUCUCAAGAUUUACACUUACAACCAAGACCGGUCCAAAUGGGAAUCCGCCAUUUUCGAGCACCACACGACUUUCGAGACCCUGGCCGUUGAGCCUCAACUUAAGAACACCUUGAUCGAAGAUCUUGAUGCUUUCUCUAAAGGAAAAGACUUCUUCAAGAGUGUUGGACGAGCCUGGAAACGUGGAUAUCUUCUUUACGGUCCUCCGGGUACCGGAAAAUCCUCUAUGGUCGCUGCAAUAGCAAAUCACAUGAAGUAUCAUAUAUAUGAUCUUCAGAUACAGAGCGUUAGAGAUGAUGGUGAGUUGCGUGAGAUUCUCACCUCCACUAAGAACCGCUCAAUUCUUCUAAUUGAAGACAUUGAUUGUGGAGCCGAUGCUUCUCGUAGACGCCAGACCAAGAAAAAUGAAGAUGAUGGCGGUGAAGAUGGUGCUGAGCCACAAAAGCGCAAGAAGAAGUUUGAAGUUGGUAUAUCGUUGUCCGGUCUUCUGAAUUUUGUGGAUGGACUUUGGUCGAGCUGCGGGGAAGAAAAGAUCAUAAUUUUCACAACGAAUCACAAGGAGAAGCUCGACCCGGCAUUGUUGAGGCCAGGAAGGAUGGACGUUCACAUUCUCAUGGACAAUUGCACACCCUUUGUGUUCAAGAAGCUUGUGGCUAUGUACCUUAAGACUGAUGACCACGUCCUGUUUGAUCCCAUUGAGAAGCUUGUCCUUGAAGUGCGUGCAACUCCGGCUGAAGUCACACAGCAGCUUAUGGCCAGCAAGGUCGCUGAUAUUGCGUUAAAAGGUCUCCUUGAGUUCCUGAAGACCAAGAAGAUGACAAAGGAAGAGGAUACCAAAGUGGAGGAGGAUGGAGAGAUUGAAGAUGCUGAGACAAAAGAAGCAGAACCUGAAGAAAAAACUUAAGUGGAUCUCUAGUGCUAUUGAUAUAUCAUGAGACUAAUUUGAAGUAAUCUUGUAUUUCAGUUCGUAGCAAAACAAAAAUCUUGUAUUUCAGUUCGUUUUGCAAAUAAGAAUCUUUUGUUUAGAGAA